CAAGCAGCAAAAAUGUUACGAGAAUUAGAAAUUACGUCUACAGUUUUCUUGAACUUUGGUGUAUACUUCGCAUUGGCGGGUUGUUAUUACAGAUCGUACUAUAACAGUGGUGACGGGGCAGUAGAUGGAAUUAUCAUCGGGGUGUUUGUGGCUAUUGGAUUGCUGAUAUUCGUCUUUGUCUGUGUUUGUAUCAAGAACUGCAAGGGAGUUCACAUCCGAACGAGGUCGCGAUUCGGAUGGCCAGUCGCGAAUUUAAAUAGCGCGGUGACGUACCAAAAUACAGUUCGACAAACAAGAUUGUUUCAUCAACAGCCAUAUCCAACUACUACACUGAAUAAUACAACGGCUCCCGUCCAAACACAUCUAUACGGAAACACGCAUGUUCAGUACGGGAUACCGCCACCCUUCAAUGCACCGGUACCGUACAGCGCCACCUAUACAGCUCCUCCGCCGACCUAUUCUUCUGUGUUCACUACGCAUGGUCCAGUGGGUAAAAUGUAAACCGGUUCACUCCUUCGUCUGAGGAAUCUGGUACUUCAAAGACAUAAGAUGGAUACUUGAUAAAGAGAUCACUAGGGCUGGUAAAAAUGAUGAUUGGUUAAUUCAAUCGUGGUCCUCAAAUGAAUUACAUUUCUGAAAGAUCUCGUAGUUUCCGCACGUUGAGCACCCCCUUGCAAACAGUAUACUCGUAUUCUUAAUUAAUACAUUUAACUUCGGGUUUUUGUCUCAAAUCAAUAUAGUGAAAUAGGAAGAGUGCUAAAGGUUUGUGUUAAAUCCUAUGGGAAAUGAAUAGCUACCAUUUGCCCAACCAUGCAAUGCAUAUAUCUAUUCAACAGGGAACAUCAACGUGUAGUGUGUUGGAAAGUUUAAAUGAUAAUCUUAUUAAUCUAACUAUAUUGUUAGCAA